AUGGUUCAAAAAGGCUCAAUUUGGUAUUUACUUCACUAUCAUAUAAUUCCUCCAGUUUUUAUUGUUUUUUUUAUAAUAAUUGCCCAGUACUUAGCGAUUGUUGGACAGGGCCAAACAUUUACAUGGGAAUUGGCCUUGAGUAAUUAUCUAGGGGAUGCAACUUCGUGGAAAUGGACUUCAUUAUUUGUAUUAUGGUCCAUUAUCUGGCUUAAAGUUCCUUCUAAAAUUGUACAAGGCCCAGAAUCUCAUUUCGGUGCCAUUCCAAAUUACAAAACAAAUGGAGUUCAAUAUUAUUGGGCCACACUAGUCACCUUUUUUUUUUUACAAGCACUUUAUCCAAAUACAUCUAGAACAAUAUACAUGCAUUUUCCGAAAAUAAUUGGAGUUUUUAAUGCCUAUGCAUUAAUAUUGUGCAUUUGGCUUUUGAUUAAGGGAAGACUCAAGCCGGAAUGUCCAGAAGAUCCUGAAGAACGUAAAUCAUUAAUAUUUGACUUUUAUAAAGGAGUAGAAUUACAUCCUCACAUUUUCGGUGAAGAUGUCAAACAGUUAACAAAUUGUAGGAUAGGAAUGAUGGGUUGGGAAGUUAUUCUUUGUGCAUUUUACAUGACAGGGGUAGAACAACAUGGUUUUAUUACUUCUUCAUUAGUACAUUUGCUUCUUCAGUCUGUUUACAUUGCCAAAUUUUUUUGGUGGGAAGUCGGAUACUUUCACACAUUAGAUAUGAUGAUGGACAGAGCUGGAUUUUAUUUGUGUUGGGGAACUCUUGUCCUUAUUCCCUCUUUAUUCACAUUUUCAGCUGCCUACACUGUUCUUCAUCCUCCAACAAUAUCUGCAUGGAUCUCAAUAUUAAUAGGUAUUAUUGGAUUAGUCUGCAUACUUCUUACUUACAGAGUGGAUUAUGAAAAACAAAUAUUUAGGGCAUCGCCUAAUUACGAAUGUAACAUUUGGGGGAAAACUGCAACUUACAUACCUGCUGAAUUUAAAGAUUCAACUGGUAAAAUAAGAAAAUCCGCUCUUUUAACGAGCGGUUUUUGGGGAAUCGGAAGACAUAUUAAUUACACAUUCGAAUUGGGUACUUCGGCUGCAUUCGGAGCAUGUUUAGGUUUCGAUUUCGGAAUAUGGAAUUUCCUUUAUUUUUUUUUCAUAUUAAUAUUAGUUUUUCACAGACUGUAUCGUGACGAGGAAAAAUGUAAAAAUAAAUAUGGAAGAUUUUGGGAAAAAUAUUGCAAAGAAGUGCCCUACGUAAUGAUACCCGGGUUGUGGUAA